AUGGGUCAGCGCCUGAGCGAGGAAAGUGACCCAGAUAAGGAAAUCGAUGUUGCCGAGCUGCAGGAAUGGUACAAAAAAUUUGUUGUGGAAUGUCCAAGCGGGACUCUCUUCAUGCACGAGUUCAAGAGCUUCUUUGGUGUCACCGAUAACAAGGAGGCCGCGGAUUACAUUGAAAACAUGUUUCGAGCCUUUGACAAGAAUGGGGACAACACCAUUGAUUUCCUGGAGUACGUGGCAGCCUUGAACUUAGUCCUGAGGGGUAAACUGGAACACAAGCUUAAAUGGACAUUCAAGAUGUAUGACAAAGAUGGAAGUGGAUGCAUUGAUAAAACAGAGCUGAAAGAAAUUGUGGAGUCUAUUUAUCGACUGAAGAAAGCUUGCCAUGGAGAGCUGGAUGAAGAGUGCAAUCUGCUGACCCCAGACCAAGUGGUUGACCGGAUAUUUGAGCUUGUUGAUGAAAAUGGAGAUGGGGAGCUCUCGCUGGAUGAGUUCAUUGAUGGAGCGCGGAGAGAUAAGUGGGUGAUGAAGAUGCUGCAAAUGGACGUCAACCCCGGGGACUGGAUGAGCGAGCGAAGAAAAAGUACUGACUUCUAA